GUUCAUUCUCCUUAAAUAUCGCGCUUUGAAUCAAUUUCCUCAAAAGAUUUCUACGAUUCAUAGGAACAAAACACCACUGUUUAACUCAAGCUUAACCAUGAGAGCCUUGGUAGUACUGCUGUGCGUGAUGGCCGCGGCCAGCGCCGUCACCUUCUCAGAUCUGGUGAAAGAGGAGUGGAAUGCAUUUAAGAUGGAGCAUAACAAAAAUUACGACAGCGAGGUAGAAGAUAAUUUAAGGAUGAAGAUAUACGCAGAGAACAAGCAUAACAUAGCCGUACACAACCAGAAGUUCGCGCGUGGUGAGGUCUCGUUCAGACUGAAGGAGAACAAGUAUGCAGACAUGUUGCAACAUGAGUUCGUACUAACUAUGAACGGAUUCAAUAUGACAGCUAACAGUGAUCUAUCCGGUAAGGGUGGGCGCGGCGUUACCUUCAUCCCUCCAGCCAAUGUGAAUUUGCCGGACCAUAUAGACUGGCGAGAAUACGGCGCAGUCACAGAGGUCAAGGACCAGGGCAGGUGCGGCUCAUGCUGGUCCUUCAGCUCGACCGGAGCACUGGAAGGACAGCAUUACCGCAGGACCCACAGCCUGGUGUCUCUCUCGGAGCAGAACUUGAUCGACUGUUCCACAGCGUACGGCAACAAUGGCUGCCAUGGUGGUCUCAUGAACAACUCUUUUCUAUACGUCAAAGAAAACGGAGGCAUUGACACUGAAGAUAGCUACCCAUAUGAGGCCACAGAGAAUAAGUGCAGAUACAACCCAAGUAAUGCCGGAGCCUAUGAUAGUGGCUAUGUCGACAUCCCGGCAGGUGAUGAAGGCAAGCUGAUGGCCGCGGUGGCCACGGUGGGCCCUGUCUCCGUCGCCAUUGACGCCUCGCAGUCCUCCUUCCAGUUCUACUCCGACGGUGUAUACUUUGACGAGAACUGCUCCUCCUCUUCUCUAGAUCACGCCGUGCUGGUGGUUGGCUACGGCACUGACGAGAAUGGCGGUGACUACUGGCUGGUGAAGAACUCUUGGGGCCGUUCAUGGGGUGACGUCGGAUAUAUCAAGAUGGCGCGCAACCGAGACAACCACUGCGGCAUCGCCUCCUUAGCAUCAUACCCACUUGUAUAAAUACCCCUUCCCCAUCACCUUAUCUAUCCCCCCACUAUCCCCACUAUGGUACCAAACCCAAGACCUCAUAAAUGUCAAUAAUUUAGGAAACUGACAAAAACUGUCAUGUGUUUCUACUGACGACAUCGCUAAUCUUAUGACUUUCAACUUUGUUACCGCGAAAAACAUGACACAUAUUGCGUUUUGGUUAAUAUUUCUAUGUGUGACGACACAAUUUUCAAAGGUUGGUAAUUGACACCAUCAUACGUCAAAAGAAAGCGUUAGCCAAUCAGAUGGCUGCAUUGUCGACAGUGGCGCCACUUGACAGCUCUGGUUCAAUAUCCCCUCUCCUUACUACCUCUUUCCUAACUACACACGAUUUAGUCGAUUUAUCUGAACUUAAGCUGAUUUGUCUUGCAUGUUGGUACUAAACAGAAUCAAUUUAAAACCAGACCAAAUGAUUAUUUUAAGGGUAAUCUAAAUAAUAAAUGAAAGAAAAAAUAUUUUAAGA